AUGAAGUUCACCACCCUCGCCACCUCGGUCCUCCUCAGCGGCCUCGCUGCCGCUGACGACAUUCAGUCCAAGCCCUUCAAGCUGAUCCUGGACUCUGCGGACGGCAGAAUUAACGGCAAAAGUAUCUCUUCCUGCCACUCUGGCGCCGCCAUCGAGGCUCUCUGCAUCGGUGGCUCCACCAACGAUGCCUACCAGACCUACUACCUAAACACCACCGAGGGCAGCACCAGCCCCGUCGAGGGCUACGGUCCUUCCGGCAAACUUGUCUGGAACAUCCCUCUGCAGGGCACCACCGAGUCCGAGGCCAUGCAGUUCUUUUACGAGCCUUACACCAACAUAGCCCAUCCCCUGUUUGAGCCCUCCUACGUUGCUACCUACGUCGCAUUCGGGGACAAGGACAACGAGCUGGCCAUCUUUAGCUACAUUGACGACACCGUCAGCCCUCCAAAGACUGGCGAGUUCAAGGCCCUCAAGCAGUGGUACGCCUGCAUUACCGACUACUCCGGCUAUAGAUACCAGUCCCUCAACUGGGUCGUCGGCAACGGCAAGCCCCAGAACCCCUCUUGCAUCAAGACUGAGGUCAAGCGUGUCUUUAUUUAA